CGGAGCGUACAGGGUCGGAACAGGGCGUACGCAGAAUGGAUCGUCCGAAGCGCGUGAAACAGGAGCCCCCGGAUGAUGAAGGGGCCCGGGGCCCGAAGCAGGCAGCAAGCCCUGCCCAGGAGGCAACUAGGGCCCACAUCCUGAGUUUGGAGACUCAACUUCGGAAACUGUGCCGAUUGAGAGGGAUGGGGCGACUUGACCCCAAGGGAGCCUUCCAGAUACGCUGCCUGGAGGAAGAAUUGAGGAAGGCUCAUUCUAAGUUGAAACGUCUGCUGAACGAGGCUGAACGCCAGCGUCGCCGACGAGAGCGUCUGCGGACAGGGCCCAGGUCCCUCCAACCCCCCAGGGACGAAGGCAUCAUGACAGCCCUCAAGUCUUGCACUCGCUUUCAGGAUUUCGUCAGAGAGCUGAACGCUCUCGGCUUUACAUUAGCGCACAACGGUGACACCUCAGACUCAGGUGAGACAAUGCCGGAAGUUGAUGGUGUCAAAGUACAAGUGGAGCUCAUCGAAGGCGACGAAGAGUUGCUGUCUCUGGACAUGAAGGGCGACUGCAACUCGAAUUCGGAUGAUCCCUUGAUAUGCGGAAGUCCUCCGAGGGAGGAAGAAGGAGAACGUUGGAGCGAGGAAUCGUAUCGUCAGUGGUUCGAACGUCAAACGGAACUGCAACACAGGUGGGAAGAGAACUUUAUGAGGGAACAGAUGGAACUGGCCCGCUCUCUCCUGGAGUCAGUCACUGCCACUUUUUUGCAAGGGGUGCAGCAAGUCAUCGCGAACGUCACUGCUGGAAGGAGGUUCCCACCAUUCUGCCCAGAUCCACCCUCCUGAAUGUUGCAGCAAGCAUUUCGUCUCUUGUAAAAAUAUCUUGUUGUUGCUUUGUGUAUAUGUUUGUAUGCAUUUACUGCCAAUUGAAGAAAUGCGCAUCAAUAAAGCUGCAGGGAUAUGUGCUUCUGUAAGAGAUUGUAUAAAUUCUUCUUUA